GCUGUUCGUCUCCAGGCUACCGCCUUAAGCUUCUCCCCCUCUUCGGUACGACGUGAGCUCCUCGCCGCCCAGCCACCAUGCCUGCCUACGGUCCCUCCCUCGAGGACCAGCCCUCAGACAAGUUCCUGUUCGGCGACCCGAAGGACAUGAUGAAGCUGAAGAACCAGCCGUACGACGCCAAGAAGAACGUCUGGGUGCCCGACAAGAAGGAGAUCUUCGUGGCGGCGGAGAUCAAGAGCACGAAGGGAGACCAGGUCACCGUCACCACUGCGGAUGGACAGACCCUGGCUGUGAAGAAGGAGAAGAUUCAGCAGAUGAACCCGCCGAAGUUCUCCUGUGCGGAAGACAUGUCGAACAUGACGUUUCUGAACGAGGCGUCUGUGCUGGGAAACCUGCGCCAACGAUACGAUCUCAUGCUCAUCUAUACGUACUCCGGGCUGUUCUGUGUUGUGAUCAACCCGUUCAAGAGGCUGCCCAUCUACACGGAGCAGGUGAUCGACAUGUACCGCGACAAGAGGCGCACGGAGGUGCCGCCGCAUCUCUUCUGCGUGGCCGACAACUCCUACCAGAACAUGAUCAUGGAGAGGAUGUGCCAGUCCAUCCUCAUCACUGGUGAAUCUGGAGCAGGAAAGACUGAGAACACCAAGAAGGUCAUCGCGUACUUCGCAAUCGUCGGUGCCACGCGGGCUCCUGUUCCGGAGAGGAAAGUGGCGACUCUGGAGGAGCAAAUCGUUCAGACCAACCCUGUGCUGGAGGCUUUCGGGAACGCCAAGACCGUCAGGAAUAACAACUCCUCUCGAUUCGGCAAGUUCAUCCGAAUCCACUUCAACCGCGCAGGGAAGCUCGCCGGCGGGGACAUUGAGACCUAUCUGCUGGAGAAGUCUCGCGUGAUCUCGCAGUUGCCGGGAAUGGAGCGUGGUUACCACAUCCCGUUCCAGAUGAUGUCCAAUGGCAUCCCUGGAACAUCGGACAAAUACAACAUGGGCACGGACCCGUCCGUGUUCAAGUUCCUGAAGGAGGGAGUGUACACCGUACAGAACCUGGACGACGGGGAGGAGUUCCGCAUGACAGACGAAGGCUUUGACAUUCUGAAGUUCUCCGCGGAAGAGAAAGACAACAUCUACCGGAUCUGCUCCGGGAUCCUGUGGUUCGGUAACACGGAGUUCGUGCAGAGGGGAGACCAGGGGGAGGUCGACAACUAUGACGUUCUGGACAAGGCCGCCACCCUGUUCGGUGUGGAGGGACCGGGACUGUCCAACGCCAUAACCCGGCCCCGGGUGAAAGUUGGGAACGAGUUCGUGACAAAGGGCCAGACCGGCAAGCAGUGCAACAACACCGUCGGCGCCCUGGCCAAGGCCACGUACGAGAGAACUUUCAAGUUCAUCGUCGCCAAGUGUAACGAGACCUUGGAGACGGCGAUGGAACGUGUCUUGUUCAUCGGAGUGUUGGACAUUGCUGGCUUUGAGAUAUUUGAGCUGAACAGUUUUGAGCAGCUGGCCAUCAACUACACGAACGAGAAGCUGCAGCAGUUCUUCAACCAUCACAUGUUCGUGGUGGAGCAGGAGGAGUACAAGUCCGAGCAGAUCGAGUGGACAUUCGUGGACUUCGGCAUGGACCUGCAGGCCUGUCUGGACCUCUUGGAAAGGCCACUUGGCGUCCUGUCCAUGUUGGAGGAAGAAUGCAUCGUGCCCAAAGCUACGGACAAAACCUACCUGAACAAGCUGAUGACCCAGCAUCUGGGGAAGAACCCAAAAUUCGGGAAACCCAAAGCGACCAAGAAGAAGUACCCUGCUCACUUUGACCUGGGUCACUACGCCGGGCCUGUGAGUUAUAACGUGGACGGCUGGCUCGAGAAGAACAAGGACCCUGUGAACGAGAGCGCUGUUCUCGUACUCAAGGCCUCCAAAAUCCCGCUGCUACCGACCAUCUGGGCUGACUACAUCACUCAGGAGGAGGCCUCCACGAUAAAGAAGGACCCCAUGAUGGCAGCCGGUGCUGGUGGGGGUAAGAGGAAGAAAGGCGGGUCGUUCCAGACCGUGUCGGCCCUGCACAGGGGGCAGCUGACUGAGCUGAUGAACAUUCUGCACGACACGUACCCGCACUUUGUCCGCUGUAUCAUCCCCAAUGAGAUCAAGACAGGCGGGAUCAUAGACGGUCCGCUGGUGUUCAACCAGCUGACGUGUAACGGUGUGCUGGAGGGCAUCAGGAUCUGUCAGAAGGGAUUCCCAAACAGGAACCUGUACUCGGACUUCCUGGAGAGGUACUCUGUGUUGGCGCCUCACAUCUUUGCUGACGGGCGCUUCAUACAAGGGAAGGAAGGCUGCAAAAAGAUCCUGGAGCAUAUAAAACUGGACACCAAGAGAUACCAGAUCGGACUCAACAAGGUGUUCUUCAAAGCCGGCACGCUGGCCAUGCUGGAGGAACUGCGGGAUGACCAGAUCACUAAGAUCAUGACGUGGAUGCAGGCCAGAGCCCGGGGGAUUUUACAGAGGAAUAUGUUCUGGAAAAUGUAUAAAGCAAAACAUGCGACUCGGGUCCUGAAAGCCAACAUCAAGGCGUGGUUCCGGCUGAAGACCGACUGGUGGAUCAUACUGUACCAACUACUCAAGCCUCAACUCACAGGCAGCAAGGCUGAGGAGUAUCUCAAGGAGACGAAAGUCCUAGUCGUGGCAGAAGAAAAGAAGUACGAGAAGACAGUGAACCAGAGGAAGGCCCUCCAACAGAAACUCAACGACCUUGAGGGUGAAACCAAGGACAUCAAAAAUCGUCUGGAAACGGAACAAGCCGUGAUGCUGAAUGCCGAAGAGCAUGUCGGGAACCUCCUGAAGGAGAAGGCAGAACUUGACGCGCAGGCGCAGGAGGUAGAGGAGCGUCUGGAAGAUGUUGCCGACCAAAAUAGACACCUUGAGUCUAAGAAAAUCAAGGCUGAGAUGGAGGCAGAGGAGCUGCAUAAGGAGAUCGAGGGAAUCACACUCAAGCUCACAAAACGUGAAAAGGAAAAACAGGAGGUCGAGGACAAACUGCGCGCCAUGAUAGAGGAGGUGGCCGUCAACGAUGAGCUCAUCAGUAAACUGUCGAGGGAGAAGAAGAAACUGGACGAGCUGAAUGCGCAAACGUUGGACGACCUUCAGUCGGAGGAGGACAAGGUGCAGAACCUCUCCAAGCUCAAGGUCAAGCUGGAGCAGACGUUAGAUGACCUCGAGGACAACCUUGAGCACGAGAAGAAGAUCCGCGGGGACGUGGACAGGGUCAAGCGGAAGUUGGAGAAUGACUUCAAGAACACCCUGGACCUGGUGUCGGAAACGGAGCGCUACAAGUCCGAGUUGGAGGAGAAACUCAAAAAGAGAGAGUUUGAGAUCAACGCUCUAAACGCUAAGGUGGAAGACGAGGCCAGCAUGGCCCAGCAGCUACAGAAGAAGGUGAAAGAACUCCAGGGUCGGAUCGAAGAGCUGGAAGAAGAACUGGAGACCGAACGCGCCGCCAGGGCUAAGCUCGAAAGGCAACGCGCCGAACUAACGCGAGAACUGGACGAUAUCGGGGAGAAGUUGGAGGAGUCCAGUGGCGCCACCGUAGCUCAGGUGGAGCAGAACAAGAAGCGGGAGGCCGAACUACAGAAGGUACGGCGUGAACUUGAAGAGGCCACAAUCUCACACGAGGCAGCCACGGUGAGCCUGAGGAAGAAACACAACGACACUGUGGCAGACCUGACCGAGCAGGUGGACAAUCUCAUCAGGGUCAGGGCCAAACUGGAGAAGGAGAAAAACACCCUCCGGGUAGAGGUGGACGAUCUAGCCGCGAACAUGGAGCAGGCGACUAAAAACAGGGUUCAGGCUGAGAAAGCUAACAAGCUGUUGGAGGAGCACCUCGCUGACGCGAACGCGAAGGUGGAAGAAAACCAGCGGUUACUCCAGGACCUGACAUCACUCAAGCAGAAGCUGACGUCAGAGCACAACGAUUUGCAGCGGCAGUUGGAGGAGUCUGAGGCGUCGUCCAAUCAGCUGAGCCGGACCAAGAGCAUGCUGACCCAGCAGAUGGAGGAGGUGAAGCGCCAGCUCGAGGAGGAGACCAAGUCUAAGAACACCUUCCUGCACCACCUCCGCGCCAUCCAGACGGACUGCGACAACCUGCGGGAGUCUCUGGAGGAGGAGCAGGAGGGCAAGUCGGAACUCCAGCGUAAUCUCACCAAGGCGAACGCAGAAGUCGCCGCCUGGCGCUCCAAGUAUGAGACUGACGCCAUUCAGAGAACCGAGGAGCUGGAGGAGGCUAAGAAGAAACUGGCUGCUAGGCUACAAGAUGCGGAAGAACAAGUGGAGGCAGCUAACGCGAAGUGUUCCAGUUUAGAGAAAACCAAGAACAGACUUGCCGGGGAAGCGGAAGAUCUGAUGUUGGAUGUAGAGAAGGUCAACACCUCCUGUGCACAGCUGGAGAAGAGACAGCGCCUACUCGACAAGCUGGUAAUAGAAUGGAAGAUCAAGUGCGAGACGCUUCAAGUGGAGUUAGAUGCUUCACUAAAGGAGAGUCGAACCUACCAAGCUGGGCUUCUAAAGCUGAAGACUGCCAUGGAUGAGGCACUGGAGGCGCUGGAGACCACCAAAAAGGAAAACAAGGCUUGUCAAUCUGAAAUCAACGACAUGAACGACCAGAUAGCGGAGACCGCUAAGCAGGUGCACGAGCUGACAAAGGCGAAGAAGCGGCUGGAGUUGGAGCGUGACGAGCAGCAGAACGCACUGGACGAGGCGGAGGGUUCGCUGGAGAUCGAGCAGGGCAAGGUGGUGCGGGUACAGCUGGAGCUGGCGCAGCUGAAGGGAGACAUCGAGAAGAGGAUGGCCGAGAAGGAGGAGGAGUUUGAGGCCACCAGGAAACAUCACCUACGCGCCAUCGAGUCCAUCGAGACCCAGAUCGAGUCUGAGAACAAGGGUAAGGUGGAGGCCCUGCGCGUCAGGAAACAUCUGGAGGGACAUCUCAACGACAUCGAGGUGCAGCUCACCACGGCCAACAGGGCCAACGCCGAGGCUAGGAAAACUAUAGCCAAACUACACAACCAGAUACAGGAGAUGCAGGUUCAAAUAGACGACGAGCAGCGACAGCGAGACGAGAUCCGCGAGCAGUACAAUAUCGCCGAGCGGAAGAACCAGAUGCUGCUGGCCGAGACCGAUGAGGUUCGCGGGCAGUUAGACACGGCGGAGCGGUCCCGUAAGACCGCCGAGGCCUCCCUGGUGGAGAGUAACGAGCGCCUGGCGGAGCUGAGCACGCAGAACUCCGCCCUGGCCGGCCACAAGCGGAAACUGGACGGCGAUCUGCAGGAGAUUCACGCCACUCUGGAGGAAACUAUCUCCGAGCACAAGCAGACCGGGGAACGGGCUAAGAAAGCCAUGGCAGAUGCAUCCCGUAUGGCUGAGGAGCUACGUGGAGAGCAGGAGCUUUCUCAGAAUCUGGAUAAAACUAAAAGAACUCUUGAAGCAAAUGUUAAAGACUUACAGCGCCGACUGGACGAGGCGGAGGCCAUAGCACUCAAAGGUGGAAAACGUGCCGUGGCGAAGCUCGAGACUAGGAUCCGGGACUUGGAGACCCUCAUCGACGAGCACCGCCGUCUGCACCAGGAGGACAUCAAACAGCUGCGCAAGAACGAGCGCCGCCUGAAGGAGAUGACUUUCCAGGCCGAGGAGGAUGCUAAGAACCAGGAGCGACUUCAGGAGCUGGUGGAGAAGCUGCAGCUGAAGAUCAAGGCUUUCAAGCGUCAGGUGGAGGAAGCGGAGGAGCAGGCAUCCAGCAACUUUGCCAAGUACCGCAAGUCCCAGCACGAGGUGGAGGACCACUCCGAGCGCGCCGAGAUCGCCGAGAGCUCCCUCAACAAGCUCAAGUCCAAGAGCGUCGCCUACACCGUCAAGAUCACCCGCCAUUCUAACUAGGAAGUUAACCUGGGGACAAGGUCAUUCAGUUGGAUCCGCAUCUGCUUAGAAUGCUGACAAAUAGAGGCAAACGAAAGAAUCGAAGGGUCAUUUGAAUGCACUGACUAACGACCGACGGCCACUGUGACCAAUAGGAUUAUCAUAUAAUCAGGGAAUCCUUGUUUUUAUUAGUUUUUUGACAUUGAUGGCUUAGAAUUAGGAACGUUAUUUUGUGCAUUGAGAUGGUCUUUCAGUUAGAGCAAUUUCAGAAAUGUGUUAGAAGAUAAAGCUUCACUCUGGGCAAUAGUGUGUGGAAUCGAUAAUCGUUAAUUGUCUUAUCAAACAAUAAAGAAUGAAAAAAA